UGGGAAGUUGUGUCCCUCACGGCAUCCGCGUAUGCUUCAGAGCCUGGUCCGCAGGAAUUUGACCCUACCUCUGAGAGCAAAGAGAAGGAGAACAUGACUGAACGUGAGUCUUCUGCAGCAUUAUUCAUGUCCGGUCAUUUUGUGUUUCCACCCAGUGAGCAUGAGAAUCUCCCGAUAGAACCUGACACAAGCAAAAUCCAUGGUGAGCCAACAAUGAUUGGUGGUGAUAAUGGAAUUGAUGAUUCUGAUAGAGAAAAGUUGCAGACUGAAUCUGAUGAUCUCCAGUAUGAUAUCGAGUUUUCUGAAGCACAUAAAAGCAGCACCAAAUCUGAGGCUGAAGAACCUUCUGAUGUGAACAUGGAAUCUCCUCAUGAUCAUGCAAAACCAGGUGGAGAUGAGAUUGAUGGAUCCAACCUUCCUUGCCAAGCAUGGUGGAAGAGGCAUGCAGUAUCUUUGUAUAAACAGGCAAAGGAGGCCGGUACUUUUUGGUCUGUUGUUGUAGCUGCUGCCGUCAUGGGAAUUAUAAUUGUGAGGCAAAGAUGGCAUCAAGACAAAUGGAGAUUUAGCAUCAACGAUGAGAGGAUGAGCAGGAUGAUGAGACCAAUCGGCCGAUUUAAGGAUGUUAUGGUUGGCGGCCACCAGCCUAACCGACUGAUACAUUGAGUCGGUGUGUCAGCCCGGCUUUUGAGCUGUUGAUGGCGGCACGGAUGAAUAAAAAUCAUAUGCAUGUGAGAUGUAUCACCGCGAAGUUUGGCAACAUGAUUCGAUGCCUGUAUGUCUUGCAAACUUGCAAACUCAAAAGUUCUAAUGUGUUCUGGUUAAUCUUCGUCUCUUUAUUUAUAUCAUACACUUCGUGUUUAAAAUAUAUGAGGUUCUAAAUGAUUGGUUCA